AUGGGCAAGAAUAGUCUUGAAGGCAAAACGGACGUCGCUAUGGCUGAAGAUGCAAGCCAUGUCGUUGACGAGCAGAUCCUUGAUCUCGACAAGAGAAUCCAGGAACUCGUCGCGAUCGCGCCUCCAUUCUACCAGAACAAAAACCUUCUCCGGCUGUAUCUUCUCAUCAUCCCAACUUGCUUGGCAGCUGCUAUCACUCUGGGAUUCGAUGCGAGUAUGAUGUCUGGUCUUCAAGCUGUGCCUUCUUGGGAUAACUACUUUGGUCAACCUCGUGGUGCGCUCCUUGGUAUCAUGUCUGCAAUCCUCCCUCUCGGAUGUGUUGUUGCGACGCCCUUUAUCAGCUUGGUCGGUGAUCGUUGGGGACGACGUAUGGGCAUCUUUGUCGGCGCUGUAAUCAUGAUCAUCGGUGCUGCCAUACAAGGUGCUUCUGUCCACUUCGCCAUGUUUCUCAUCUCCCGCUUCAUCAUCGGUUUCGGCCUCGUCUUCGCAAACGCCUACGCCCCCAUGCUCAUCGGCGAACUCGCCCACCCGAAAGAACGACAAACCUCUUGGUACAUCGGUGCCAUCCUCGCUGCUUGGGUGACCUUUGGAACCUUUAGCAUCAAGAGCGAAUGGGCGUGGAGAAUCCCGUCUCUUCUACAGGCUGCCCCUGCUCUGCUUCCCAUCUCAUGCGUCUUUCUUCUUCCCGAGUCCCCUCGAUGGCUCAUCGCCAACGGUCGCAGUGAAGAAGCAAAGGCUGUGCUGGUUAAGUGGCAUGCCAAUGGGAACGAGGACGAUGAACUUGUCCAGCUCGAGUUUAUCCAGAUGCGAAAUGUCAUUGAAGCCGAGGUGAGCAACGAGACCGGUUGGAAGGACCUUUUGACAUCGCCUGGUAAUCGAAAGCGAGUCUUUAUUCUGGUCUGUCUCGGCUGCUUCAGUCAGUGGUCGGGCAAUGGCCUCGUUUCUUACUACCUUGUUCGUGUGCUCGAAACUGUUGGUGUCACCAACCCUCGGGAGCGUAACAUUCUCAACGGCUGCCUCAUGAUCUUCAACUGGCUCACCUCGGUGGCAUCGGCUUUACUUACUGCUUACAUGAAGCGCCGAACCCAGUUCCUCAUCUCUGUUGGCGGCAUGCUCGCCAUCUUCGCAUCUCAGACUCUUUGCGUCGGCCUCUUCAACGAAGAUCACAACACCGCCGCAGGAAAAGCCGUCAUCGCUAUGCUCUUCCUCUUCUACUUCUUCUACAACUUGGCCUUCAACGCGCUCCUCUACUCCUAUCCUGUAGAGAUCUUUCCGUAUCCCAUUCGUGCCAAGGGUUUCUCGCUCCUCAUGUUCUUCGGAAAGGCGAGUAACUUUAUCAACACCAUGGUCAACCCCAUCGGUCUUCAGGCACUGGCGUGGAAAUUUUACUUUGUUUACGUGGCGUGGCUUGCUAUUGAGCUUGCUGUGGUUUGGAAGUUCUUUGUCGAGACAAAGGGCCCGAGUCUUGAAGCUAUUGCUGCUGUUUUCGACGGUCAUGCCACGGCGGUUGAGCAUGAGUCGCAAGACUUGAAGAAGCAGAAGAAGUUGGAGGAAGAUUGA